AUGGCGCACUCGUAUCACCCGCCUCAAACCGCCCUGACGGGCUUCAUCGAUUCAAUGCAACAGGAAUCCAACGUCUCCGCAUAUUCACUGUUCGGUCCAACCCAGUACCCCGAGAGUGUUGCGUUCUGGCACGACCCGUCCGCCCCGGUGGCGUCCGCUCCGACAUAUCCGGCCAAACAGCCGACAUUACUCCAGCCCAUCGACCAGAAGAAGCACAAGCGCACCCGAAGCGGCUGCUUCACAUGUCGCGCCCGCCGGGUCAAAUGUGACGAGUCCCGGCCCGUCUGUGACCGCUGUCGAAAGGGCGCCCGGGAUUGUGUCUACCCAUCGCCGGCCACUUCCUCCAAGGCUGCGGCGGCCCGGGCGCCCAAACCGCGUGGCCCGCGCCCGCCGUCGCAGGGCAGUGACUCGUCUUCGGGCAAGGUCGAUCCCGACGACGUCAGUCCCCUCGAGCCCAUCCUGGAUGAGGAAGAAGAAGGAGGAGGAGAAGAGGGGACCGCGGCGGCGACGCGGCCGUCGCCGACGCCGACGAGCGGUGCACCCAAGUCCCGGCCGGACUUGCACAAGAGCCAUAGCACGCAGUCAUUACCCAACCGUAGUGUGAUGCCGGCGUCCGAGUCUAGUUCGUUCCAUCCAGAUCAGAGCAGAUCGCCCUCAACUGAGUCGUCACGUCCGGAGUCGGUGAGCGUGCGAUCGGCCAGCAUCGGUCAUUCCCUCGAUCUGCUUGCCAAUGCCCGGCUCCCGGAAGACUUGCAGUUCUAUCUCAAUUUCCAUCAGGAAUAUUUUACGCAUCAUCAUUACUUCAUGAGACCAAACAGUACUCGCUUCAUCCAUCAGAGUAUCAUCGAACUCGCCCUACAGUACGAGCCGUUGCUCUACGCCGUGGUGGGCUUCGCGGCCUAUCAUCAUACCCUCCACAGCCCUGGAGGCAAGCUCUAUACAUUUCUCAAAUACUACAACAAGGCUUUGAUUCUUUUACGCAAGUCUCUAGGAUCCGGGGAAGAACACAAUGAGGCGACCCUGGUCACCGUUCUAGUUCUGACAACAUUUGAGGAAUAUAUCGGCGACUGGGUCAAUUUGAUCGACCAUCACCAAGCCGCACACGCCCUGAUGCGAGAAUUGCUGACGCCCGAAUCGGCAAACUUGUACGAGCUACACAACAACAUCUUUCUGUGGUACGCGCGCUUCGACGUGGUUGCAGGAAUCCUGGCCGGCACCGAGACGAUCCUAAGCCGAGAUUGGUACCUGGCGAAAGAACAGUACGAUGCCGAGCAAGCCGCCCUUUACCCUGACGACCCAUCCAAGCAACUUGCCCUCGUCGCGUCGAUAAACCGUCGCUUCGGGCUAGACAUGGCCUCGUUGUAUGCGAAAUUGUCGCGCGGUCUCAUCCCCAUGGACGAAUUUGCCGUGCAGAAUGGAUUGCUGGGGCAGACUAUCGAACGGGCUAAGACGAUCCUGAAAGGCUUCAACGAGUCCGAAUACACCGUGCGCGACUACCCACACAAGCAGCCACUGGCGCAAGACGACAUCGUGGAUCCGUAUGUGCCGGGUGGUCUGCACCGCGGUCCUUUAUGGGAAAUUAAUUCUGCCUGGAUCGAUAUCCUCUCGACCGAAACCAUGUUCAAGUACCAGACCAUGCUCGCCCUGAAGCAGCCCCUGCUCCCGGAACUACAGACAUUGGCGUUCGAGCAAUGCCGACUGAUCGAGACGAUCGACCGCUGGCCCGACAAGGAGAGUGGGUACUGUAUCGCGUUCAAGAACAGCUUGGGUAUAGCCAGCAUGUUUUUGCCCAAGGAUAGCAAGCAUCAGAUGUGGGCCCGGCGCAAGAUGGCGCUGAUGGAACAAAACGGAUAUAUCAUUGCCCCCCGAUUCCGCGCCGGCCUGGCCGCGAUGUGGCAACUGCCCGAAAUCCACUACUGGUGGCUCCCCAAUGACGAAGGAUACCCGGACAUCGUCCGCGAGAUCCGCUCCAUGACCGAGGAACGCAUGAACCAGCCGCGCGACAAUUUCCGCGAGAAUGUGCGCGAUAUGAAGUCGCUGUUCUGGAAGCUGAAUGUCGAUGACGCGGAGGAUGACCAGAGUCCUGCUAGCAGCCACAGCGGGCUUCCUUGA